UCUGGACGCUUCAUGGUGGAGUCCCUAACACAGCGAUGACCCACUGCAGUGACAACGAUGAGCAGAAUGAUGCCGGAGCAGAGACAGUCAGCAGUAUCCAGAAGAAGAGGAGUAAAGGAGAGAAGCGUGUGUCCUUCCCCCCCGACGAACAGAUAGUGUCCAGCUUCGCUGAGCACAGGGACAGAGAGGCUGACGGCCGCUUCACCCUGAUGGAGGUGAUGGAGGCGUAUGAGCAGAGCUGCAGCAGACACCAGGUCCAGCCCAGAGAGCAGGUCCUGCAGCAGCUGCAGCAGGGGGUGUGUGUAGGUGGCGGUGUGAAAUGUCUGGAUCUCAAAGGUGAGCGAUUAGACCAGCGCUCCUGUGAAGCUCUGGAAGCCGUUCUGAAAUCGCUGCACUUUGAUUUCAUCAAUCUGCAGGCAGCCCAACUGGAAGAAAAUGGAGCAUCGGCCUUGCUGGAUAUGAUUUUGUACUAUGAAUCUACAACCCAUCUUGACAUUUCUGACAACAGCAGUAUGGGAACAUCGUGUUGGAGGGCCCUCGCUCAUUUGAUAAAGCAGAGUGUGCGUCUUUCCAGGCUGGAUGUGUGUAACGUGGCCGUGGUUGAUUACCCAGCUCGGUCUCUAUCUAAAGCCUUGCUGACCAGCCUGCUCACAGAGCUGCACCUCCACAACGCCCAGCUCAGCGGGGUGCCACUGUACACACUAGUGAGUGCUCUGAAGUCAAACCGGGCUCUGCAGGAGCUGCACCUCACCAGCAACCUGCUGAACAGCUACCAGGACGCGCUGCACCUGGGAGACCUGCUGCGCUACAACUCCACCUUGCACACCCUGGAGCUCAGCAGCAACGCCAUCGCAGAUGAUGGUCUGGAGGAGCUGUGUGAUGGUCUGAGGUGGCAGACAGCAGGUGUGAGGGUCCUCCUGCUGAGGAACAAUCAGAUCACUGUGAGAGGCAUGGUCCAUCUGGCCAAGGCUCUGCCCGUGCUGAGGGUCCUGCAGGUCCUGGAUCUGGGGGAGAACUUCCUGGGGAACGAGGGCAUGCAGGUGAUCAGGGAGCCUCUGAUGGUGAACUGCUCGCUGCUGCAACUCGGCCUGGCUCAGGCCAGCAUCACAUGUGAAGGGGCGGUGGCGCUGGCAGAGUUCCUCGCAGAGAGCCGUCAGAUCCAGAGGUUGGACCUCCGUCACAACCAGCUGAAGGUUGGAGGCCUGAUGGCCCUGUGUCUUUCCCUGAGGAUUAACCGCUCUCUUGCUUGUUUGGAUUUGGACCACACCCCCCCACAGGAGCAGGAUGAAUUUCUGAUGGAGACGCGGACAAGGCUUCAGUCGGAGAUCACCCAGCGCUGCCUGGCCAACGUCAGCAGCCCCCCCCUCACCACCGACGCCUCUGAUGCUCCACCUACUGAGGCCGCGGAACCAGCGGACAGCACAACCACAGCCUGA